GCAAUAUGAGCUUAUCGGCGUGUGUGCUGCAGAAGCACUUCUCGGCCGAGUCGUGUAUACGCCGGAAAACAGGCUUGUGGAAAGUGCUGUUGCUAGCGGUGAAAGUUCUCUCUGUCCGUGCAUAAUUUUACUUUUACAGUAGAUUUAACAUUUGCAAAUGGACGCGAUUUUAAACUGCAGACCAGAAGAUUUAGAAGAUUAUUAUGGUUUGCUAGGAUGCGAUGAACUGUCAUCGUCGGAACAGAUCCUCACAGAGUUCAAAGCCAGAGCUCUUGACUGCCAUCCUGAUAAACAUCCUGAUAACCCCAAAGCAGUGGCAGAGUUUCAAAAGCUGCAGCAGGCGAAAGAGAUCCUGAAGAAUGAAGACAGCCGCGCCCGCUAUGACUACUGGAGACGAAGCAGAAUCGCCAUCCCCUUCCGUGACUGGGAGGCUCUGAGUGACACAGUCAAGGCAUCUAUGCACUGGGCAGUGAAGAGUAAGAAGGAGCCCAUGCUGGAGGCUCCAGGAAUCAAAGACAGCCUGAGUCCUGGGAAUCCACCUGACCGGCAUGGAGAGCAGGACUGCAACAGCUUGACCAGCAAAAUGGAGCAGGUGGGGCUGUCUGGGGGCAAGACCACUGAGAAGACAGCAGAGGAUGAAGAACCACAAUCUCCAAAAACACCACCAUCUCCCAAUGAGAACUACUGGCACUUGCGUUUCCGUUGGUCAGCUGACACACCGUCCGAACUUCUGAGGAAAUUCAGAAACUACGAAAUCUAAAACAAGCUCCAGCUUUCCAGUAUUGUCCAGUGUGCAUUAAGCUCAUUGUCCUGUAUCUGUGCAAAAGGUGUAACACUAUUCUUGUAUUUUAUGCAACUUUUCUUUUGUAAUUGCUGUCUCACAGUCAAGUGGAAUUCAUGUGUUUAUAAGCAAAAGCAAUCAAUGCACUAUUUAGCCUUUUAUGUGCUGAUACAUAGAUGUUUUAAGAAGAUGUUUCAAUUUAGUGUUGUGUUUUUUUUUUUUUUUUUUUUUUGCAUGCUUGCAUACAUUUAGUAAGGAUGACAAAUUCCAACAACCUAUCGAUUUAGAACUCUUGGAUUUAGCUGUGAAUAUUUAAGCUGGAUUUAGCAAAGUUCUGUCUGAGAACAGAAAACUAAAGUGAACCAGGCUGCAGUCGAAGUUUCUGCACUGUUAAUAGUGAUUUCACAACGUUGUCUUACAGGGAACGUGCGCCUGUCUGCAUUUGAAAUCCUACACUUCAUCAAUUAUCAGCUAAAAAAAAAAAAAAAAAAAAAAAAAAACUGUUAGUAAAACAAAAUAGAAAUGAUUUUGUUAAUAAUCUGACUUAAGUAUUUAUCAUCUGCAAAAAUGUAUGUUUGUUCAAAUAUUGCCUACUUUUUGCUGUUUUUGUGUAAUGUUCAUGAUAUAACUUCACAUGGUGUUUUCUACAGUGAGCCUUGCAUUCCAGUACUCAUUUUGUGCACAAGAUUGCAGAAGCUGUUCUAUUUUAAAAGUGAAAUUCAGAUUGCAGGAUUACAGAGUACUGUCCGGUUUCAAUAAACAGAUGUCACAAAGGUUGCCAAUGACAGAAUUUCUUAUUUGGUUUGUUUCCUUUGAGGAUACUUUUUUUUUUUUUUUUUCCAUGUUUUUUACAUAUGCAUUCCUUUUUUGAAACCAGCAAGACUGGUGUGGAAGAUCGACUGUCCGGUUACUGUAAGGUUUGUUUGUUUUUGUUUUUUUGUUUUUUGCAUUUCACUUCCACUCAUUUAGCCUUCUGUUAACUGAAAGGGUUUUAUUUUAUUUUUUGGUGUCUGUAUUAUAUUGCCCUGUAACUUCACGAUGCUAUACAGCUGAAAUGACUGGGGAAUUAAACUGUUCGCUUAUGACAGAUGAUUUCCAGCAGUG